CGCAACACACGUCUGAAACUCUGAAAUUCUCGCUCUCUCUCUCUCUCUGACAAAAACAACCAAAUUCCCAAUUCCAAAGCAAACGUUGCCCAAAAAAAUAACACACACAAAAAAAAAAUUACAAAACCGAAGCAACAAAAAAAAAAAAAUCAAAAAAAAAAUAUGAAAUGAAAGCGAAAAGAAUGGAAAAAAUUCUCUGUGUGCUGUGUCAUUAGUUCUUGGUUGCUGCUCGUUCGUUUCUGUUCUGUUCAUAUAUAUUUUUUUUGUAUUUUUUUUUAUCGUACUGCCAAGGAAAAAAAUGAAGAAAUUGUGGAGGAAAAGUGUGGCAUAGAGAGCGGCGCGUGCGAGCCAAAAAAAGCAAAGCAAAAAAAAAAAAAAAAAAGGACAAGUUGCAAGGAAGCGAGUCGGCAAUUGUUGCAUAUUUCCUCUGACAACAACUCGAGUCUUCAACAUUUUUUUUUACUGUGUAUCGCAUAUGCAAAUGUAUUACUAAAUAUAUCUAUAUAUUUAAUUGUUGUUCUUUUUUUUCUUGUUGUUGUUGUUGUUCUUUUCUUAAACUGCAGUGCGAAAGUGAAGGGUGGAAAACGCGUUAAAAGUAAUCAAGAAAUUACAAGAAAUUACACAAAAAAAAAAAAAGAAAGAAAAGAAAAUAAGUAAAAAUAAAUCCAAAAAAAAAGGAAAAGCGAAAUUAAAUUAAAUGUUGGAAAAAGAAGAGUGAAGACAACGAGACAACAAAAUAAAGCAGGAGACGCAGCAGAGACGCGAACAAACAUAAACAAAAGUGAUAAACAAACAGAGAAAGAAGCAAAAAAAAAAAAAAAACAAACAAACAAGCAAACAAACAAACAGUAAACAGGAAAAACCGAAAGAGCAAAGGCAAGAGGAAUACAUUAUUAUUAUUAUUCACAUAAAAAGCAAUCAAAAAAAGCAACAGCAACAAAAGUGCCAUAUGCAACCGAUAAGACUGUGUGAAGUGGUCAAGUGGUCAACAGCAACAGCAACAACAAGCGACAGCAGCUGCCAUAACAACAACAACGACAACGAGAACAACAACAACAACAAGAAGUGAAGCUGUAUUUGCAAUUCUUGACAUUGAAAUUGUCGUCGCGUUCUCCGUGUGUGUGUGUGCGUGUGUGUGCGUGCGUGAGUGUGUGAGUGCGUGUGCGUGAUUAGUGCUUGCGUGUGUGUGUCAGUGUGUGUGUGUGUAUGUGAAUGUGCGUGUGUGCUCGUGUAUUUUAGAGAGUAAUCAACUCAAAAUGGCGGCCGGCCAGCGCAGUCGAAAUGCAGCGCUGCUCAGCGUUCUCCUUGUCGCCUUCGUCGCCGUCGUUGUCGCCUCCUCCUCCACCAUCGGCUCAGUCACCGUCAACGUCAACGUCAACGUCAUCGCGGCGAUGCAUCUGUAAGCGAAUGCGUAGAGAUCGAGUCCAGGAAGCACGCCCAAUAGCACAUUGUAGAAGGCGAGUCGACUAACUUCAUUCAACAGUCGAGUGCAGCAGGUGUUCGAGGUGCAACCAUCGGCAAUAGAAGCAACAUUCAACAGGAACAGGAACAGGAGCAGCCAACAAGCAACACAACCACAACCACAACCACAAAACAUAACAACAACAACAACCACAGCAACAACAACAACCACAAACACAAACACAAACAGAGUCAUCGCAAGACGGCGACGCGGCGUUGCAAGUAGGCAGCCAAAAUGCCUGGCGGACGACGCGGAUUGGUUGCGCCACAGAACACAUUCCUCGAGAACAUAAUACGGCGUUCCAACUCGCAGCCGGACAGCUCGUUUCUAUUGGCCAACGCACAAAUCGUCGAUUUUCCGAUCGUCUACUGCAAUGAGUCCUUCUGUAAGAUCAGCGGCUACAAUCGAGCCGAGGUCAUGCAGAAGUCGUGCAGAUGCGGCUUCAUGUACGGCGAGCUGACAGACAAGGAGACGGUGGGAAGGCUGGAGUACACGCUGGAGAAUCAGCAGCAGGAUCAAUUCGAAAUAUUGCUCUACAAGAAAAACAAUAUACAAUGUGGCUGCGCCCUCUCGCAGUUCGGCAAGGCACAAACUCAAGAAACGCCGCUAUGGCUGCUGCUUCAGGUGGCGCCCAUACGCAACGAAAGGGAUUUGGUUGUGUUAUUUCUUUUGACGUUUCGGGAUAUAACGGCUCUGAAGCAGCCCAUCGACAGCGAGGAUACCAAAGGUGUUUUAGGUCUAUCGAAGUUCGCCAAGUUGGCGCGAUCUGUAACACGCAGCCGGCAAUUCAGCGCGCAUUUGCCCACGCUGAAGGAUCCCACAAAGCAGUCGAAUCUGGCGCAUAUGAUGUCGCUGAGUGCCGAUAUUAUGCCACAGUACAGACAGGAAGCGCCAAAGACGCCACCACACAUACUCUUGCAUUAUUGUGCAUUUAAAGCAAUCUGGGACUGGGUGAUAUUGUGUUUAACAUUUUAUACCGCCAUCAUGGUGCCAUACAAUGUAGCGUUUAAAAAUAAAACCUCUGAGGAUGUUUCCCUGCUCGUUGUGGACUCAAUAGUCGAUGUUAUCUUCUUUAUAGAUAUUGUGUUAAACUUUCACACCACUUUUGUGGGCCCGGGCGGCGAAGUGGUCAGCGAUCCAAAGGUUAUACGCAUGAACUAUCUAAAGUCAUGGUUCAUCAUUGAUUUAUUAAGCUGCCUGCCCUACGAUGUCUUCAAUGCCUUCGAUCGCGACGAGGACGGCAUCGGUUCGCUGUUCAGUGCUUUGAAAGUGGUUCGUUUACUGCGACUUGGUCGCGUCGUUCGCAAACUCGAUCGCUAUCUGGAGUAUGGGGCCGCCAUGCUGAUACUGCUCUUGUGCUUCUACAUGCUGGUGGCGCAUUGGCUGGCCUGCAUUUGGUACUCCAUUGGACGCAGCGAUGCCGACAAUGGCAUCCAAUACAGCUGGCUGUGGAAACUGGCGAAUGUGACGCAAUCGCCGUAUUCGUAUAUCUGGAGCAACGAUACGGGCCCCGAGCUCGUUAACGGUCCAUCCAGAAAGAGCAUGUAUGUGACAGCUUUGUACUUCACCAUGACCUGCAUGACUUCGGUGGGCUUCGGCAAUGUUGCAGCGGAGACAGACAACGAGAAGGUGUUCACCAUCUGCAUGAUGAUCAUUGCAGCUCUGCUGUACGCAACGAUCUUCGGUCAUGUGACAACGAUCAUACAACAAAUGACUUCGGCCACCGCCAAGUAUCAUGACAUGCUGAACAAUGUGAGGGAGUUUAUGAAACUGCACGAGGUGCCCAAGGCGCUGAGCGAACGCGUCAUGGACUAUGUUGUCUCUACGUGGGCUAUGACCAAAGGUCUCGACACCGAGAAGGUACUAAACUAUUGUCCGAAAGAUAUGAAGGCUGACAUAUGUGUUCAUCUAAAUCGCAAAGUAUUUAACGAGCAUCCAGCAUUUCGUCUGGCCUCGGAUGGUUGUCUGCGCGCAUUAGCCAUGCACUUUAUGAUGUCCCAUUCGGCGCCGGGGGAUCUGCUCUAUCACACCGGCGAGAGCAUCGAUAGCCUCUGCUUCAUAGUCACCGGCAGUCUGGAGGUUAUACAGGAUGACGAGGUUGUGGCAAUAUUGGGCAAAGGCGACGUCUUCGGCGAUCAAUUCUGGAAGGACUCGGCCGUGGGCCAGAGUGCCGCCAAUGUGCGUGCGUUGACCUAUUGUGAUUUGCAUGCCAUCAAACGUGAUAAAUUGCUCGAAGUCCUCGAUUUCUAUUCGGCAUUUGCGAAUAGCUUUGCACGCAAUCUGGUGCUCACCUACAAUCUCAGACAUCGACUGAUUUUUCGCAAGGUGGCCGAUGUGAAGCGCGAAAAAGAAUUGGCCGAACGGCGUAAGAACGAGCCGCAAUUGCCCCAGAAUCAGGAUCAUCUCGUUCGCAAGAUCUUCUCCAAGUUCCGACGGACGCCGCAAGUCCAGGCGGGCAGCAAGGAGCUCGUCGGCUCUGGCCAAAGUGAUGUCGAGAAAGGCGACGGCGAGGUGGAGCGUACCAAGCUACCUGCUAAACUAACAUUAACCGAGGACUCACGCAUCCUAACAACCGCCGCCGUACCCUCACCAUCGCCAUCACCCUCGCCCUCAUCGGGUCCACCAUCUGCACGUAGUACCCGUGCUAGCAAAUGGGGACGCCUUCUGGGCAGUUCAAGUGUCGAUUCAGCUAGCGAUACUAGCGCCAAGGUAGCCGUCUCGAGAAGUUUGAGCGCCCGCGAAAGUCUGCGUGAGAGCACUGCCCAAGCGAGGCAGAGUAGUACUUCGAGUAGCAAUGGUGGACAAGGCAAUAAAGUAUUUCCCAAGGCGCCCAAGCUGCAGGCAAGCCAGGCGACUCUCGCCCGCCAGGACACCAUUGACGAGGGUGGCGAGGUGGACUCCUCGCCCCCCAGCCGCGACAGUCGUGUGGUCAUCGAUGGCGGCGCCUCAUCGAAUGCGCCGUCAAAUGCGACAGCGGCCACAACGCCUGGCACUUCGGUUGCUGUGGUUGGUGCCACAGCACAGACGGGGACGGGAGCCGGGAUCGGGAGUGGAAGCGGGAGUGCAGGAAAGGAACGAAAUUUGGCAUUGGAACGGGAGCGACAAAUCGAGAUGGCCAGCUCGAGGGCAACCACAUCGGACACGUAUGAUACGGGGCUGCGUGAGACGCCGCCCACGCUGGCACAGCGCGAUCUCAUUGCCACCGUGCUGGACAUGAAGGUGGAUGUGCGGCUGGAGUUGCAGCGCAUGCAGCAGCGCAUUGGCCGCAUUGAGGAUCUGCUGGGUGAGCUGGUCAAGCGGCUGGCGCCGCAGGUCGAUAGCAGCGGCCAGACAACGCCUGGCGACGAGAUCUGUGCGGGUUGCGGUGCGGGCGGCGGCGGCGGCGGCGGCGUAACAGCUGCUGGGAUCAUCAUGGCAGCUGGCACGCCGACAACAACACCUGCGCCUGCGAUCACAACGCCCGUGGACACUGUGAUAACCAUCUCAUCGCCGACAGCAGCCACACCAGGAACAGGAGGAACAGGAACUGGAGCGACAAGUGCAAGUGGAGCUGGCGCUGCCAGCGGUCUACUAAAUCCAAGUGUCCAAGUUGUGUCGAGCGCGGGAGGCAACGGCCUGGGGCCGCUGAUGCUCAAAAAGCGACGCUCGAAGAGCAGGAAAGCACCGGCGCCUCCUAAGCAGACACACGCGACGCCAACGGCCACAGUGGCUGGAGGAGGAGCUGUUGGAUCUGCAACCGCAACUGGAUCUGGUACGACAAGCUCGACAGCGUCAGCCUCAGCCUCAGUCCCAGCCACAGCCACAGCCACGGUGGCAGCCACAACCAGUUCGGUGGCUGCUGCCAAUUUGUUACAUCUGCGUCUGCUCGAGGAGGAGUUCACAGCAGCACAGCAGCUUCCGUCAAGCGUCAGUGUGAUUGCAUCGCCGACGACGACGACGACGACGCCGCCAGCAGCAGCAGCAGCAACAGGAGCGGGAACGCCGACGACAACAACAACGAGCGCGGCAACAACACCGACCGGCAGCGGUCGCAGCAGCGUGAAACGGGAGUUUCUCUAGCCAAAGAUUUUGGUGCGCCAUCAGUCGGCGGAUAGCAGCAGCUUCGAGCAAUAAAACUGAGCCGCAAUCGUGGCCAUUCUUCUGAGUUUGCCUACGCAUACGCUUAGCUAGUCCUAGUCUCUAACUGUAACUGUAACUGUAACUGUAAACCGUAACUGUAACUGUAACUUGCAACUAAUGGAUACUAUGAUAAUAUAACUAUUACUAUAUAGGGACAUAUGCCUGCAUAACUACAACUGCAACUAAUUUUAGAGACACAUACGAUCUCUGUUCGUUCGUAGGUGUCUUUCUCUCUCUAUCUCUCUCUCUCUCUCUCUUUCUUUAUCUCUGCCUUUUGUAUCAUGCCUAACCCCGCCUCUUUUUCACUCUACCUCGCUCAAACACACACACACACACACACACACCCACUCUCCUUUAAGUAACGCGUGCACUUAAGCUCCCUUAGCCGCCCUUACCCCUGCCCACCAUACAGGCAAUGUUUUUGCUACUCUCUUUCACUCGCUCUCUCUCUUUCUCUUUCUCUCUCUCUCUGAAGUAUGUUUUUGAUGGAUGCUAAGGAUUCAUAAUUAUGAUAUUGUGUGUAUUUUAGGGCAAAGCAUAUUGCUUACGAAUUUGCUACAUUUACUGCAAUUAUUUACCUUUAUAUACGAAACAAUUACAAAAAUACGAGUAUUGUAGUUGACCAAGACGACAUCUGCGACGGCGACUUGGACGGCGACAAACUAACUAGUUAUAUAAACUAAACUAUAUUAUACUAUACUAUAUAUACUAUACAUAUACAUUAAUAUUUUUGUGAUAAAACGCUAAUGGAGGCAAAACCAGGCCUAAUCAGUUGUACAUAGCAGAAUUAUUGUCGCAAGCUCUAAACCAGAUACCACAAGACACACACACACAGGCAAUACAUACACACAUGUGUUAAGCUCUUACAAUUUUUUCAAUUACCAGUUGCAAACAAUGAUCAUAAUAACAGUUGUAGUAAUUGGCAACUCACCUUCCACGACCACAACUAUUAUUAUUAUUUUCUUUACAUUUUUGUUACACUUUAUUUCGACACCGUUAAAAACACUUCACCAACUCGUCAGCUUCGAACAUUCGGCAGGAGCAGUGUGACCGCUGUGCGAUCGCCAUCUUCUUUUUUAUAUGGUUGGCAACGCCACUUCAAAGUUGGCAAAGCGAUUGCUGCCAGUUGCAAAUAGUUGAUCUUUUUGCAUGUAGUUGGCAAUGCAAAUUCGACUUGCCAAUACUUGGUAUGUGAUUGAUUUUCAAACAGUUGUGCAACUGUUGAGCUAGUUAGCAGUGUGUCCAUAAUUAGUAUAUUUUCUCAUACACCCACACACACACACACACACGCACGCAUACAUAAUAUGUAUGUGUAUAUAAAGCGUAGUACAUGUUCCGUUCACAAAACUUGCAGCUGUGCUAGCUUUUAGUGCAAAAUCAAAUCGAAUGGGGCCUAAAUACAUAGUAUAUGUAGUUGGUGUAUAUACAAUGCAUAAUACCCGUCCUAACACACACAUAUAUGUACAUAUAUGUAGUACUACAUACUUACAUGUGUAGUUGCAUACAAGUAUGGUAUGGCUUGAGCACUCUUUAAUCCCUAAGUGAACAAACAAACUGACUAACAGUAAUAAAGACAAAGAAGCAGAGAAGAGCAGAAUACUACUAGAAAACUAUACGAAAAUCCCAGCCACAACAAAACGAACAAAAAAAACAACAACAACAACAACCACAACAACAAAAACAACACACGAGGCAAAAGACACAAAACAUAUUGCCGCAAAAUGAAAGGACAAUCGAUAUAAAAAACACAAUUGAUAUGAAAACUGCAGUUAAAUAAAAAUGACAAAUGGUUAAUAAUAAUUUGUACAUAUGUAUACAUACUUAUUAUAUAUUAUACAUCCACAUACAUAAUACAUACAUAGGGAAAGUAAAGAAUAUGGCGAAUGAGAAAACCUUUUGUAAAUAAGAAAAGAGUUUUAUUGCGAUACGAUAAAUGAAUGAACUAAAUACGAGUAUAAAUUGUGCAAUGUUAUUUACAAUACAAAUUCAAAUUCCAAUUCCAAUUGUUUAACACCCCACACACUCACACGAACACGAACACACACGUACACAAACAUACUUUGUGAUAAAAGCAAAUGAAAAACUAAAUAUUAAAUUAUGAAUAUAUUGUUUAGGCUCGCAUUAAAUAUGAAAAAGGCUUGCACUUGCAUAUAGUUUAUUGUUACAAAAGAAUGCAAAAUAAUUAUGAAAUAUAACAGUUAGUAUAAUAUAACACCCACACACACACUCAUGUACAUUGUACAGUACACAAAGACACUAACUGGCGCCAUCUAUGGGAAUAAUAUCGCAAAGGUUUCAUUACAUUUAAGUCGUCGCUUGCAGCUAAUUUCCCCCACUUGAACGAUAGAAUACAUUUAUAGCAUUAUUAUAUAUUUAAACACCUAGAUCUAUUCCAAUUAGUUUGUUUUACCUUAUUAAAGAUCAGUUAAGAUCACAAUAUAGAUCAAAGUCCCCACACGUUCACAAAUACAAUGCAAAAACAAACAAAAAAUCAAAAAACAAAAAAUUAAAAAAUGAAAACCAAAAACUUUUAAAGCAAUACGAACUAUUUACAUACAAAUUACAUAUGUUACAUAUAUUGUCUUCCCAAAAUCGAAACUUAGUCUAGAGUCUAUGUUUUGGGGACUACAGAGUUGUUAUUUAUCUAGUUUUAGUUCUAGACUUUAGUUGUUACCUUUAGUCUGGCUUACAAAUUAGCGCAAAAUCCUUGUUAUAGCUCUGAUUUCCGUUUGACAACGCAGCAGCACCAUAAAAACUCAAUCGAAAAGCAAUUCAAGUGGUAUUACAACAUGACUUCAACUCUACAUACAUACAUACAUAUAUACACUCACACAAGCAAACACACAUAUGGUAAAUAUGUAUAUUCCGUAUACACACACAUACAUACAUAUAAUUAACUUCAAAGUUUCGAUGAUAAUGACAAAUUUGUUGCAUAUGUUUAGACAAUUUAAAUUAAUUAAUUAAUAAUGCAAAACAACUAAACGAAAAUCCAAAAAAUACUAGAAACGAACUCAUUUGUACAUAAGUAGUUAAAAAUUAAUAGUUUUUUUUUUAUAUACAUAUAUUACAUUAUCGUUAUAUGGCGUAAGUCGCACUGGUCAAAUGGCAAAACGAAUGACUCAACAAAGUUAGUAUAAAAGCAAAUUAUUAUACAUAUACUAUAUAUUUAGCAUAUACCAUGCAUAUGCGAUAUAUAGUAUUAUCGAUAGGAAUAGCGGUACUAGAGUUAACUGUAAUAUAGUUUUCAACUAUUCGUUCAACUGACUUUUUGAUUGGGGUAACAAAAAAAAAAUAAUAAAAAAAAACAAAUACCAAUAAACUACGAAUCAAUAAUGAUAUUAUAAUAAAAUUGUGAAUUGUUUAACCCACUCGCUCCUCCGCUUCCAAGCUCAUAAAUCGCAGCGGAAUAUAUUACUUACAUAUAUACAUAUUAUAUUUAUAUUGUGUUUUUUUGUUUUGUCUGUUUUUGUUAAUUACUUUUGUAGAUUUUAGUGCUAAACUACACAGAGCCUUAUACAUUUAUGAAUGAACACAACUAACCAGAAAAUUUAAUGAAAACCAAAACGAAAAUAUUUAAAUUUUAUGAGUAAUACAUAGAAAUUAUUAACUACAACGUAAAGAAAAGCAAAAAUUUACCAAAUUAUGAAAGGUGCAAUUACGAUUUUUAAGUCAGUGCGACAAUUAGUCAAAAUUUAUAUUGAGAAAUGAAAAGAAGAAAAUCGAAAAAACUAAAACCAAAAAAAAGAAAAACCAAAGGAAAAAAAGGCCGAACAGAUAUUUAUAUAUAUAUACACCAGACAUACGAGGAAUUGCGAAUUUCACACACAAAAAAAAAACUCGAACUCGAACUCACUCAAAAUUCACAUAAAUAUUUUGUCAGGUUCAUCCGAAGUAGCUAAAUGGAAAAGAAAUACUCAUUAAAUACUAACAAUUAUACGAUCACCUUUGAUGAAUUUACUCCAGUGAUCGAAUGUAUAUAUACUAUAUAUAUACACUAUACACUCAAUAUAUGUAUACAUAUAUAUAGAUAUAGCAGCUUCAUUCGCUUAGAAGCGCCAACUGAAAUCCCAUACAAACUAAAAUCAAUUUAGAGUUGAGCAAGACAUACACAACAAAAAAUUUCAAGAAACCCAAAAAAAAGAAACAAAACAAAAAAUGAAAACAAGGAAAAUUAAAAUAAACUUUAGAAGCUUUUAUACGCCAGAAUUUUUUUUCUAAGCAAAAUAAUAAGGUACAUAAUUAAUACUACUAUAAUAACUAACUAAACAAAAAUACCAAAAAUACGCCACUUAAUUAUUAAAAACGAUAUAAAUUGUAAUUAAACAAUGUGAAUAUAUACAAGACACAGAUACAAAAGCCUUACAAACACUCAAAAAAAAAAAAAAAAAAAAAGAAAAAUACCAAACACACGCCUCAUUUUUUGUAUACCCACUGCAAAAAAAAAGAUACCAAACACUUUUGGCAAACUAACAAAAAAACAAAGAAAUGAAAAAAAAAACUAUUACAUUUAUGCGAAUAAAAAAUACAAAAUAAAUUCUUAAAACAUAAAUGAAACCCAGUCUUCGGUACAUCGAAGAGUAAAUACCUCUGCAGAGUGACGUCAAUUUGAGUUUAGUAGAGACAUCUCAAAAAACAAAAUAAAGUCAACAUACAGAAUAUCAAUUAAUUCGAUCCGAUGAAAAGUCUUAAAUAAAAUAUCUGAAGCAAAUUUGGUCAAAGUCAAAGUUUGUGACUAAUUGUUCCUAUCACAUCUACAUAUAGUAUAAAUACAGUAAUCAAAGUAACGUAGAUUAAAUAUUGAGAGAAUAGUUUGCAUUUAAGCUGACAUACAGACGGAAUCGAUGUAUAUAUACAUCAUAUGUGUAUGUCUUCUCUGAACAUCUGAAGAAUACUGUUUUUUAUCUCUGCAAAGGUAUGACAAAACAAAAAAACAA